CAGUGUCUUUACGUGUCUGCCUUUCUCAACUAACUGCUAAUUUGUCAUUUUGGAUUUCUUUUUUGAAACAAUUUUGGUUUCUAAACGUGGUUAACUUAAAACAAUGAAUUUGAUUUUUUUAUUUUUUUAAAUUUGGACGCCCAUGAACAAGAAAGCAAAUUAGGCAAUGGAGUUUUUCCUAUAUAAACCCCCCUCUGCCUCUCUUGUUCCUCCCCCUCUUCCUCUUCUUUACCCUCUAUUGUUCAUCUUUGCCUUCUCUAAAUCGCUAAACUCUCUCUGUUUUGCUCCUUCCCUUUCUUAAGUUCCACAAAUCAUCACCUGGUUUGUUGAUAAAAAAUGGAGUAUGAGGAUCGCUACCUCCAGGCACAAAAGCCUAAAUAUGAUUGCCUUUUGUUUGAUCUUGAUGAUACCCUUUAUCCCCUUAGUUGUGGUCUUGCGGCAGCAUGUGGCCAGAAUAUUAAAGAUUAUAUGGUGGAACACCUUGGGAUAGAGAAGAGCAAGAUCACUGAAUUGGGUAACCUGCUGUACAAGAAUUAUGGCACAACAAUGGCUGGCCUCAGGGCAAUUGGUUAUGACUUCGACUAUGAUGAGUACCACAGUUAUGUUCAUGGGAGACUACCCUAUGAGAACUUGAAACCAGACCCUGUCCUGAGGAAUCUUCUGCAGAGCCUGCCAAUUCGAAAAGUUAUCUUUACGAAUGCAGACAAAGUGCAUGCCCUCAGAGUUCUUGCCAAGCUUGGGCUGGAAGAUUGUUUUGAAGGGAUUAUUUGUUUUGAGACUCUAAACCCUACCCACAAGAACACCAUUUCUGAUGAUGAAGAUGACAUUGAGUUUGUGGGAUCAGCUGUUACUGCAGCUGCCAAAACUACUAGUAAUCGUACUGAAAUUUUUGACAUUAUUGACCAUUUUUCUCGACCAAACCCAGGCGCAGAGUUACCAAAGACGCCUAUUGUCUGCAAACCAUCAGUAACUGCCAUAGAAAGGGCUCUGGAGAUUGCUAACAUUAAUCCUCAGAGAACUUUGUUCUUUGAGGAUAGUGUCCGCAACAUUCAGGCUGGAAAACGUGUGGAUCUUCACACUGUGCUGGUUGGUACAUCUCAGAGAGAGAAAGGUGCAGAUUAUGCAUUAGAAAGCAUCCACAACCUGAGGCAAGCAGUGCCAGAGAUUUGGGAGGCUGAAAUUAAGACAGAAGGGUACCCUGGAAAGCUUGCAAGGGAGACACCUGUCACUGCCUAAGAUAUUUGCUUUCUUGUCAUUAGCUCAAAGGAAGAAAGUGAAUCAAUGAUAAGAGGAUCUUAGGAUAUCUAUGAUCAUAAGGUCUACCCACCUCUGCCCGCUCGGAUUGACUCGGCACAUAAUUCUACACCAAAAUCCUGAAUUCAACGCAUAAACCCUUUCUCAGAAUAAUAAUGGAAAAAAAAAAAAUCUAAUCAAUGCACAUUUCCCUAUUUUAUGUUCCAAUGAUGUAAAUGAUUUACUCUAAUUAUUGAUAAUAUUAUCAGAAAAAUAAUUUAAAUAAA